AUGGAGUUCACUACAAAAAUAACAACACUCUCUCUCUUAUUCCUCUCUCUCCUAAUCCUGACGACGACCACUGCCACAUGCACUAACGCCGUUUGUCGCCGUGGCGAUCCCACUGUCCGUUUUCCUUUCCGUUUGAGUUCCCACCAACCCGAAUCUUGCGGUUACAGCAAAGGGUUCGACUUAACGUGCGGUAAUAACGGCGUUAACCGAACCACCAUAACGCUGCCAUUUUCUGGUAACUUCACAGUCGAGGUGAUCGAUUACGCGGCUCAAGCGAUUUUGAUCAACGACCCAAAUAAAUGUCUUCCUGAGCGAAUCUUAAUGCUGAACCUCACUUCGACGCCGUUUAGCGGCGUUGACGUACGUCCGUUCACAUUUUUUAGCUGUCCAACGUCGGAUUAUCCCCGUUUCGGACAGCUUACUCCGAUAACGUGCCUGAGUGAUAAAAACAGCACGGUGUUUGCGACUGCUUGGCCUAUAAGUGUGAACUACCUGUCGUCUCAAUCUUGCCGAUUAAUAAAAACAGUUGAGGUUCCGGUUCAUUGGCCGUCUUAUGAGCAGGCCGGGUCAUCUUGGGAACUGACUGAUAACCUCUGGCUCACUUGGAGGGUUCCGAGAUGUCGUAGGUGUGAGCGUAGAGGUGGGAAGUGUGGUCUUAAGAGUAAUUCUUCUAGUGAGACCAUUUGUUCUGAUGCUCCUAAACCAGCUAUUCCGAGAAGAGACCAAUAUGCAAUAGCAAUCGGUGCAGGGAUCCCAGGAACUUUAAUACUCUUCGGUCUUGUUUGUCUCGUUUACAACAGAAUUUCUGCCUUCAUCAAAAGACUCCAUCCUGUCCCACACUCAGAGAACAAUAAUCCUCAAGCUCAUUCUCUCCAGUCCAAUAUUAUGAUAAUGGGGCUAGAUGUGUCUACUAUAGAGUCGUAUCCAAAAAUAGUAUUGGGUGAGAGCAAAAGAUUACCAGAAAACGAUGUCACAUGCGCCAUUUGUCUAUCAGAGUAUGAACCUAAAGAGACGCUUAGGAAAAUACCAUUGUGCCAACAUUGUUUUCACGCCGACUGUAUCGAUGAGUGGCUAAAAUUAAAUGGGACUUGUCCCGUUUGUCGGAACUCUCCAGAACAGAUUUUGUAAUCUGAAAAUGUUAAUUCUUAGCUAGUAGUAUAACUAUUUUUUGGAACAUUUGGAAGUAGUAUAAUAAUCAUAUACUCCCUCUGUUACUGAUUUAAGGAUACUUAGU